AGCAGCUGUAACAUACACUUUAUUCUGAAAAGCUACUUUAAAACCCUCUCUUAUUUUGAAACCAAAACCAAAAAAACGGACGUGGUGUGUGUUGAGCAGAAAAAGAGGGUAAGCGGAAGGAAGGGAGGAGAAGGAAGAGAAGAGAAGAGAAGAGAAGAGAAGAGAAGAGAAGAGAAGAGAAGAGAAGAGAAGAGAAGAGAAGAGAAGAAGAAGAAGAAGAAGAAGAAGAGAGGGGAUCGGAGGAGGAAGAGAAGGAGAAGAAGAAGAAAACAGCUCGUGCAGCUGUCAAUCAAACCGGAUCCUUUCCCACCCAGGUGUGUCUAUGUGACGCCCCCUUUUCUCAGCACCUGUUCCACUGUGGAGCUGAGGCACCAUGACGCCAUGACACAAGGGAAAUACACAGAAAAAACUACACUACGUUUACGGAUGGAUGGAUUUCAAGAGAAUCGCAGCACUGCCUCGUCCCAUCAUGAGAUGAAGGAUGGAGACCGGCAGAGCACAAAGUCACUGGAACACCAAAGACCAGCUCCACGGACUGAGGAGGAACCAGACCACCAGGAGGCUCGGACCAGAGCACAGAAACUAGAAAAUCCUUCUGGUAAUCUAUCACCAGGUAGAUCAGCUAGAACCAAACCAGAUCAACCAAAACCAGAUCCUCUUAAAUUACACUGUAAACAUGAUCAUACAGAGCCACAGGAACCAGAAGAUUCUCCACAUGAACAAAAUCCACAAAAACUACCUCCAACUCCACCAGAUCAACAAAAACAAGAUCCUCAUCCCAAAGAGAAACACAACCUGGGAGAGUCUUCUGCAACAGAUGAACCAAAACCUAAUAAACCAAAAACCAUUCCACCAAACCCAGAACCUCUUUGGCAAGAACAACCAAAAUCAGAUCCCUCUCAGGACCAAACCCAGGUCCCCCCUGAGCCCAUGAAGGAUUUAACUGUCUUCAGUAAAUCAUUCGAAAAACAAAACCAGAAAGAGCACAAGUCCAGAGACCAGCAGGACCACCGUGGUUCUCCUCCUCCUCCAGUUAACGAUCAGACCCACCCCAGCAAAGCACCAGCACUGGCUCCUCAGGAUUCUUCCUCAGCUGAGCCCAAAUUGUGCGGCUUCCUGCAGAAACAAGGGGGGCCCCUGAGGGCCUGGAAGCAACGGUGGUUCACAUAUGAAGACCAGAAGAACCAGCUGUUCUACUACCGGACGGCACAGGAUGUGAUGCCUCUUGGCCGAGUGGAGCUCAGAGACGCUACCUUCACUUAUCCACUAAACGCAGAGACAGGCACAUUCCACAUCGAGACCCGUGAACGAACCUUCACACUCAAGGCGCUGACUCAGGAGCUGAUGCUCUAUUGGCUGCAGCAGCUGCAGGUGAAACGUUGGCAGCACAGACAGACGUCCUCCUGUCCAGACUCGACCAAUAACAACAACAAUACAGAUGACUUCCUGCCGGUGAGGAAGAGCCCUCUGGGUCUGGUGGGGAGGGAGGCCGCCGGCGCUUCGUCACCACGAACGCAGAUCACCAACGUGUCAAUCAAACAUCCGCUGAUCGAGCUGCAGAACUCGGUCCACAGUCUUCGUAAGAGAUCGUCUCAGGAGUGGAGUCAAAGUGUGUUUCGAGUAGAAGCUCCACUCUCGACCCCUGCACACAUUAACACUACCGCAGUUCCAGUGAUCCCAUCAGAAAGUAGGGAAAGCUCGUCACUGCCUGACAGUCAUAGCAAGGAGACGAACAAUCUCAGAUUGUCCACCAUGCCGGUCCUCCGCAGAGACACUCCAUCCUCGUCCUCAGAACGUACGUCCCACCAGAAGCAGGACAAACAGAUGCUGAUCGAGGAGGUCAAAGCUCAGAAGGAAUUAGUCUGGAUCCUCCAUAAAGCCUUGGAGGCGUCUCAGCUGGAGAAAAGAACCUGUGCAGAGUUUUUGGCGGCAGAGGAUGAGCAGAAACGUCUGGAGCUGCUUCGACACCGAGAGCGGCACGUGGCUGACCUGCAAGGUCGACUGGAGGAGUCGAAGACGGAGGCGGAGGUAACCAGGAGGAGUCUGGCUCAGAGAGAUGUGCAGCUGGCUGAGCUGCAGGAGAACGUCAGGAUACUGAUGGACAAGAACAACGCCAAGCAGGAGGUGAUCAUUAAGCUGUCUGAUCAGGUGACCGUCUGUAUGUCCAACCGGCCGUGCUCCGCCUCGUCCUCCGGUGGCGGUCUAGACUCUCAAGCUUUCAAACAGCUUCAGCAGGAGAAGGAGAACCUGAAGGACGAUAUCGGAGCGUAUAAAACCCAGAAUACAUUUCUAAACUCUGAGAUUUAUCAGCUCACGAAACUGUGGAGGAAAAGUUCAGAACAAGAGAAGAGUCUGAUGGCGAAGUGUGCCUACCUGGAGGCCAGUAACUGUCAGCUGGAGAGCCGUUGCCUGGGUGUCCUCCAAAAGCUGCAGGAGACCAAAUCUCUGGAUCCGGUCCAACGUGGGGCCGUUCAGAAGAUGAUUGAGGACGCUCUGAAAGUCGAGCUGAAGAGCGUCGCCAAGAUCAACACCAACAGGGAACAGGAUGAGUACGGCUUUAAAAUCAUCCCCGACUACGAGCUGGACGACAUGAAGCUGCUGGCAAAGAUCCAGGCGCUCGAGAUCCGAUCACACAACCUGCUGCACCAGGAGGGGGUUGAGCGCCCCCUGCUGAGCCGCUGGGCUCAGUACCUGGCCGGCCGGUCACAUGACGACCUGGUUCCUUCUCCGGAGCUCAAAGGUCUUCUGCGUGGAGGUGUUCCUUACGAGUACCGACAGAGAUUGUGGCACUGGAUGGUCCGAACCCGAACCAGAACUAUCAGAGACUGCCAGCCCCGGCAUUACCAACAGCUGUGUGAGAAGAGUCACACAUCUUCUCAUCCAGCCUCCAGACAGAUCCAGCUGGACCUACACAGAACUUUGACGUCCAAUCAGCUCUUCUCCUCACCCUCCAGCCCCGCCUUCCAGCAGCUUCGUCGCAUCUUAUUGGCCUUCUCCUGGCAGAACCCUGCUAUUGGCUACUGCCAGGGUCUCAAUAGGUUGGCUGCUAUCGCUCUGCUCGUGCUCCAGAGUGAAGAAGACGCCUUCUGGUGUCUGGUUACUGUGGUGGAAAUCCUCAUGCCUCAAGACUACUACACCAAGAACCUGGUGUCCUCUCAGGCAGACCAGCGGGUGUUGAAGGAUUUCCUGGCAGAGAAGCUUCCUCGCCUUGCGUCUCAUUUUGAUGACCACAGCGUCGAUGUGUCUUUGAUCACCUUCAACUGGUUCCUGGUGGUUUUUGUGGAGAGUCUGCCCAGUGACAUCCUGUUGCCGCUGUGGGAUGCCUUCCUGUAUGAGGGCACCAAGGUGAUCUUCAGGUACGCUCUGGCUCUCUUCAAAUACAAAGAGGACGACAUCCUGAGGAUCCACGACAGUGUGGAGAUCUACCAGUACCUGCGCUUCUUCACCAAAACCAUCUGUGACAGCAGGAGGCUGACCAGCAUCGCCUUCAGCGACAUGAACCCGUUCCCUGGCCGCCUGCUGAGGAACCGGCGAGCACUUCACCUGGAGCGCCUGCAGGGGGAGCUGCGAGAGCUGGAGAAGCAGCAGAAGGAGUUCGUAACGGAGAUCGAGCACAAAGACAAAGAACUGGACACCAUGGUGAGCGAGGACGACGACGAGCUGUGACCUCACGACUCAGCAAGCUACCUCAGCAUUACAAGAGUUUGACAUCACAGUCCUCAAGGUAACAAAGAUGAGGUUAGGACGUGUCGUUCAGACAGAGACAGUGAACAAAGAUUUAUAAGAUCUUGGUCAUAAAGACUCACAAUCAAUACAAAUCAAGAACUGGAACAAAUACCAGUGAUGAUUACAAACCGUUAAAACAAUCAGCUGGGGACUAAAAGCAACAGAGUUAACAAAUGUCUGCACAAGUAACUAAGUAGAUUUACUCAACUACAUGUUUGAGGUACUUGUGGUUCAUGUUAGGGCUGCACGAUUUAUAUCGAAAAUGUAUCAAUGUGCGCAAUAAACACUUCGGAAUUCACGCUCUGCAUGGCAAUAUAUCUGGCCAAUCAGGUGGAGGCUAGAGCCCUAGAUGCUAAAUUAAAGACAUUCGGAUCAUUGGUUGUUUUUUCUGUCUGUGGAUCGUCAGAAGAAGAGAAUAAAGACAGGAAGGUUUCAAAUUUAAAAACAGUUAUUAGUCUCAUUCCGCCUCCUCCAGACUAAGUUCCACUGUAGAAACUUCUACUUAUGACGUUUGUCCCGAGUUAAAUCAUCAAUAUGAGCGGUUGAUUACAUCAGAGAGUUUUAAGCUUAUUCAUGAACCUAGAACCUGAAGGAAGUAACACACACAGCCACAACACUGCGCUGCUCUCUGAGUGCAACAAACAAGAAGCUUCAGGAUGAGCUCAAACCUUCGUCCUGUUGUCGUCUGGAUUAAUCAUGAUUCCACACUUUUCAUUUCUGUCUUUAAAGACUAAAGUUUUAGUUGAAAUACAAAGAGCACAUCCUGUUUGACAGGAAGCAAUAAACCGAACGACGCUGGAAAAAUACAUUUUGCAAACAUGGGAGGUAUCACAAAGUAUGAUUAUUCUUUAAACUCAUUUUGUGGGAUCAGGGGCCUUGACCUCGUUCCUAAGUCAUAUUUUAUUCAAGCGGCAAAAAUUCUUCUUUCACAGAAAACAGGAGCUUGAUUUAAAUUGAUGUUUUGUUUCAAAAUUCAACCAAAACACUUCAAGUUCUUUUUCUGAGUCUGUUUAUUGAUAAUAUCACAAUCAACCAUCUUCGUCAGCAUCAAUUUAUGUUCUUACUAAAAACAUGCUUAGCUUCAUGCUAACAUGGUUAGCCUACUGCUAAAUGCCUAGCUGACAGGAAGUGCUAUUAUCAACUUGCCAAAAGCCAAGUGCUAAGCUGCUAAUUGUAGCUCGCUGAAAUGUUCGGAAAACUUUGAGCUUAUUAUAAAAAAAACAUUGUUUAAAUGAGGUCAUGAAAAACUUUUCUGUUGAGUUCAGGUUAAAUGUUUUUUUUUAACUACAAUUGGUUCACAUUUUUAUAUAUAUAUAUAUAUAUAUAUGUUUUAUUUUUCUUCUGUUAAUGUUCCAUAAAUAUUCUGUCAUGUAAACUUUUGUUGUUGAUUUUCUUGAUGUUUGAAGUCAAUAAAAAGUCUUGAAAUAAA